AUGCCUUAUUCUCCGCUGAUCUCCUCCCUGUGGUCCUGGGUGCUGGGGUUGGGGCUGGGGCUGACCUCUGAUCAGACUAGUUUGGGAAACCAGGAAAACCUGGUGUUUUACAAGUACUUUUUCCUCUGCCGGUUCUGCCCUUCUCCAGGUGCAGGAGUGAAAGAAAAAAUGCAAAAUGAACUUCUGCAAGCAAUGUCCAAGGGAUCAAUGAUGUUCAGGGAUGUAUCUAUAAACUUCUCUCAGGAGGAAUGGGAAUGCCUGGACUCUGGUCAGAUGAAUUUAUACAAAGAAGUGAUGUUGGAGAAUUUCAGCAACAUGGUUUCAGUGGGACUUUCCAAUUCUAAGCCAGCUGUGAUUUCCUUAUUGGAACAAGGAAAAGAGCCCUGGAUGGUUGAAAGAGAGCUUAUGAGAGGCCUUUGUUCAGAUCUGGAAUCCGUGUGUGAGACCAAGAUAUUAUCUCUAAAGAAGAGACAUUUUAGUCAAGUAAUAUUUCCCCUUGAAGAUAUGCCCACUUUUAUUCAGCCCACAUUUCUUACUCCACAUCAAAAAAUUGUUAAUGAAGAGAAAUCCUGUGAAUGUAAGAAAUGUGGAAAGGCCUUUAAUCAGAACUCACAAUUUAUUCAACAUCAGAGAACUCAUUCUCCUGAAAAAAACUACAAAUGUAAAGAGUGUGGCAAAUGCUUUAGUCGUGGCUCACUUGUUACUCGACAUCAGAGGAUUCAUACUGGUGAAAAACCCUAUGAAUGUAAGGAAUGUGGCAAGGCUUUUAGUUGUAGUUCAUAUUUUUCUCAACAUCAGAGGAUUCACACUGGUGAGAAACCCUAUGAAUGCAAGGAAUGUGGAAAAGCCUUUAAUUAUUGCUCAAACCUCAAUGAUCAUCAGAGAAUUCACACCGGUGAGAAACCCUAUGAAUGUAAAGUUUGUGGGAAAGCCUUUACUAAGAGUUCACAACUCUUUCCACAUCUGAGAAUUCAUACUGGUGAGAAGCCUUAUGAAUGUAAAGAAUGUGGCAAGGCCUUUACUCAACACUCAAGGCUUAUUCAACAUCAGAGAAUGCACACUGGUGAGAAACCUUAUGAAUGUAAGGAGUGUGGAAAGGCCUUUAGUAGUGCCUCAACACUUACUAACCAUCACAGAAUUCAUGCCGGCAAGAAACUCUAUGAAUGUAAGGAAUGUGGAAAGGCCUUUAUUCAGAGCUCAGAACUUAUUCAGCAUCAGAGAAUCCAUACAGAUGAAAAACCUUAUGAAUGUAAUGAAUGUGGGAAGGCCUUUAAUAAAGGCUCAAACCUUACUAGACAUCAAAGAAUUCACACUGGUGAGAAACCCUUUGACUGUAAGGAAUGUGGAAAGGCCUUUGGGAGUCGCUCUGACCUUAUUCGCCAUGAAGGAAUUCAUACUGGGUGAAAGAUAAACUCUGUUCAUAAUCUUUAUAAUAUCUUAAAACCAGGUAGUGGAAAAAAGAUAAAGCAGUGUUAAUAGUUUUUUGGGCUACUGUAACAGUAUCAAGGACUUCAAAAUUGGGUGACUUAAAACAACAGAAAUUUAUUCUCUCACAGUUUUGAAGCUUUGAAAUCCAAAUUAAAGCUGGUAAGGUUGGUUCCUUCUGAGGACUUUGAGGAAGAAUCUGUUCCAUGUCCCUCUCCUGGCUUCUGAUAACAGCAGUCUUUGACAUUCCUGUCAUGUAAAUGCAUCACUCCAGUCUCUGCCGCCUUCUUCACACUGCAUUCUCACUGUGUAUAUCUGUCUUUGUAUUGUAUAAGAAGAGACUCUUACGCAGGACAUGAGUCCUGUUGGACUAGGGCUCACCCUGAUGACCUUAUCUUAAUUGAUUACAUCUGCAAAGACCUUAUUUCCAUGUAGGAUCACAUUCACAAGUGCAGGUUAGGGCUUCAACAUAGUUUAACCCAUAACACUGUUAACAUUGUUUUUCUAACAUAUUUGUAAUUUUCUUUUAUACAUAACAUGUUAAAUGUAUUUUCAAAUGUAAAUUCAAGGUUUAAAUUAACACCUGCCUUCUCUCCAAAAAUGCUUCUGUCCCAAACUACUUCUUAAAUAAUUCUUUCCUCCCCAUUGUUUUAUUCUACUUCUUGGUUAUAUAUUUUUGUUUAUAUUGGCUUAGUUUUAGACCCAUCUUUUCUAUUGGUCUGUUUGACCUAUGGAUCUGUUUCUACCGUUACUGCACUUUAUGUUGCAUAGGCUAUCUUUUAAUUCUUGGCAGAACUAUAACUUUGUAUUUGAAGGCAGCUCUGUUCCUUUUCCCUUUUAUAACACUCAUAUUUUCAUGGUGUUAAAACACACACACACACACAAAGGAAAAAAACAUUGUCUGUAAGCCUUCCAAACAGAAAUUACUACUUUAAAAUUAUUACAACAUGUCCUUCCAGACUUUCUAAGUGUAAUCUGAUGUCCAUGCUGUACCAUAACCUGCUUCUUUCAUGCUACUGUUUCAGUAAGUAUAAAUGUUUACAUUAUUUUGAAUGUUAUCAUAAUCAUUUUUGUGGUAGAUUAUCAUUUUGCUAAGUCCUACUGACAUACUUAAUGGUGCUCACUGAAAUUCUAGUUAUAAAAGUUGCUUUCUAAACACGAA